UUAGUGCAUUCCAUCGGCAGCAAACCGAUUGGCAUCUCUGGCUGGAAAAUAAAAAUGGCGACAACUGGCUACCCCGAAAAUCGGUUGUUAUUGUUCGUGGAAUUUCUAUAAUUACGAGGAUUUUUGUACAAAAUAAGCAAGAAAAACAUAGCGCCCCAGCUUUAGCAAUAGGCUAAAAAGCAACCACGAACCUUUGACUACGUCCGUGUAGGGUUAACCAGAAGCCAAACGAUCGCGAUUCGUGUUAAAUUACCAUCCGAAUGUGCUGCCCAGAAACGAGAAAAAAAAUUCGGGCGCCUCUGAAAAGCAAUAUAUUAUCGUAGCGCCUCGAGUGAAAUGGAAAACAAUAAGGGCACUAAAGGCCGUAAAGAACUGUGAACGAUAAUCUGUUAGCGGGAAACGGAUGAAUUUGGUCAGGAUUGGGGCUAGAAAAGUGACGCAGGAAAAUCCGUAUCCCCGUAUCCGAAUCGGAAUCGCUAGCGAGCCCUGCCCGCGCCCCGCACGUUGUCAAUGUGUGUGUGCGUGUGUGUGUGAGUGUUGUGUGAACGCGAGUGUGUGUGUUAGUGAGGCCUACUACUAAAAAAAAAAAAAGUAGCUGCGGUGGAAAAUGCCCAAAAACAAUGUCGCAGAGGUUAAAUUGAGCGACGAAAACUAGUGAGUGAGCCCAACAACAACACCAACAACCACGAAUGGAUAGAAUCGUAGGAAAACAAUACCCGGAACAAAGUGCAAAUCCAUAACAAAUAAUACAAAAUACAAGUUGAAUGUAAUGCCAAUAUGCAAUUGUUUAAACGCAAAGGACGCCACCUGAAAUUUCAUCUCCAUCGCGUACGAAAGUCUCCCGUUCUAGAUGCGAAAAUUGAGCAGCGUUCUAUUACCAAUUAAACCUACGACGCGUGCGAUUGUCGUGUGAUGAUAUGCCACUUAAACAGCAGCUUGAACCGUCACUGGUGCGGAUAUUGGUGUCGCUCCCCUGGGAUGCAGCUCAACGGCUGCGCCAAUUGGCCGCCGAGGGAAAUCCCGAACUGCGCGCCCUCAACAUUCAGUCCGUGCAGUUCGAGGGCGAUUCUGUGAUAACUUUGAAAGUUGGAGGACAGGAUAUUAAGUUAAUCAAGGCAGAUAAUGUAAACGAGACACUUGAGGCGGCUGGCUCGUCUUCCGGCAACAACAAGAGCCUUGUGGCUCUGUCCCCGAGUUUUGAUGGACCCAGCACCAGUAAAGCUGCCUCUGCCUAUCUGCAACAACAACAGCUGCAGCAGCAUCCGCAGUUGCAACAGAGGACCGUGCAGCUGCCCCAAAAUGUUUCCAAUGAUGCAAUCUCAGUCCAGCAAAGGAGAGCGGGCCAGCCGAAGAUGCCGUCCCAGCAGACACCGCCUGUGUUCAAAUCGCCAAACACAGUGUGUCCGAUGGAGGGCAAAGUGCCCGUCCUGCUGCCAACGCCAUCGGGAACGAGGGAUUUCCCAUUCGAGAGCAUGCGACAGGCGAGAGUCUUGCAGCAGGGCAGGGAGAUUGGUGGAGCGAGUGCCGGUGCCCUGGGCCCGCCUCUGCCGCCACCCAACGUGACGCUGAAGGUGCUGAAAAACCCGCCGCCACAACAGCAACAGCAGCAGCCGUCGUCGCAGCAGAAUGGCGAGCUGACACCUACUGGCAGCAAAUCUCAGUUUAUUCAGCCACCACCGCCGCCAUAUCCGGGAUUGGGAGCUACCACUGCCACUUCAGGCAGCAGCUCACCCAUAGCCAUAGCUAAGCCUGCGAUUGUGCCCGCCUCCAGUCCGCUGCAGACUCAUCCGCCGCCUCCUCCGCCGCAUCCCCAUCAGCAUUCGCAGCAGCAACUCCCCCACCAGCAGCCGCUGCCUGCGGCAACGUCGACGGGCAGCAACAACAUUGCCAUAUCGUCGCCGCUGUUAGUUAAUCUGCUGCAGAACGACGGCAAUGCCAUGUCGAACUCGAAUCCGAACCAGCUCAAGUCGCCCCAGCAGCAGCAGAUCGGCAUGAGUCCCAGCGGAGCGCAAAUGAUGAACUCUCCGAUGCGCUCGUCUGGUCCAGCGACGCCAAACGACUUCCUAAUGAGCGAUGUUCUCAGUCCGGUGGUGCCUUCCUCUCCAACAACUCCUCAGACGCCGCAGGUUCCCUGCCCGCCCAACGUGGUGAUGCGGAGUUUGCAGCAGCAACAGCAACAGGCAAUGCUCAGUCCCAGCGGCAACAGCAAUCAUUUGUAUACUCAACAGCAGCAACAGCAGGUGCAAGUGCAAGUGCAGCAACAACAGCAAGUUCGCUUUCAACAGCAGCAAAUGUCUCCGCAGGCUGUGGCCAUGCGACAGCAACUUCAACGCCAACAGCAACAGCAGCAGCAACUGCGGUUUAUGCAACCGCAACAACAACAACAGCAGCCUUUGCCAGGGCAAUCACAACAACAGCAACAGUUUCCCACUGCGCCUGAUUGCUUCAACAACAUGGGUUUGAAUUCCAUGCAGCAACAGCAGCAGCAGCAGUUGAGACAGCAGCCGCAAUUGCGACCUGGUGCAUUGCCUCUGGCUCCUCCGCCACCUCAUCCGCAGCAGCAGCAGCAACAACAACAACAGCAGCGAAUGAUGACGCUGCCCAUGCCACAAGCAUCGCCGGUACAGCAGCAACAAUUUAUGAGCGGGGCCUCGCCCCUGGGACCUGCACUAUCGCCUGCCUCCAGUCACCACUCGAUGCACAGUCCGCUGAUGGCGCCACAGCAGCAGCAGCAACAGCCGCCACCGCAACAGCAACAGCAACCUACGCCCGGAUCCGCCGUUCCCAGCGAGCUGGGACACCAUGUACCUGCAGCGCCGCCACCGGAUUAUAACCAGGCGGCAGCCAACUCUCGCUGGCCGCUGGCCGGGAUCAACAAGCCGAUGGACUCGGCCACGAAGAGCAGUUUUCAGGAGUUCACCAGAUACCAGAUGCAGUACAAUCUCCAGCAGCAGCAGCAACAAGUUAAUAUGCCGGGGCAGCAGCAACAGCAACCACAGCAGCAGCAACAGCAGCCGCAGCAGCAGCAGCCAACUCAACAGUUGCCAACCACUCAACAGGCACAGCAGCAGCAGCAGCAGCCGACACAGCAACAGCAGCAGCAGCAGGCUCAGGAUUCGCUGAUGUCGCUAUCUGUGCUGGAUGCGCUGACGACCAACGACCUGGACGCCCUGUUGCCAACUCUGAACUGUGAUCUGGACUCGACGUUCAGUCUGGAGGAUAAGAAUGAGCUCGAAUCGCUGUUGCAGGAUGCCAAGGAUCUGGACUUGGAUCUAAUAGAGGAUAACCUGUCGGCGGUGGGGAUGGAUGUUGGGGAUGCCCUCAGCACGUUGCAGGAAGCGCCACUAGAUCCCCAGCAGCAACAGCAGCAGCAGUCUGCUGUGAUGCAGCAGCCACAAAUGUUGCAGAUGCCCUACCAGCAGCAGCAGCAGCAGCAACCUCAACAACUACAGCAGCAAAUGAUCAUGCAACAACGGCAGCAACAGUUGCCGCAAAUGCAACAGAGGCAGCAACAGGCACAGGUUCAGCGGCAAAUGCAACUGCAACAGCAGCAGCAACAACAACUGCAAAUGGUGCAACGACAGCAGCAACAGAUGCAAGUGCAGCACGUCCAGCCGCAACAGAGGCCUCCUCAGAAGCAGUUCAUAAUCAAUCCGCACACUGGCGACAUGGAGCCCAUGGCCAGCGACGACAGCGACACGGAGGCUGAGCAGGAGACUGCCCAGCUGCAGUUCCGCUCCAACAUAUCCGGUGGGAUGAGCAACUUCGGCUUCAAUCCCGCCAACGACAUGCUCCUGCCCAACAAUCUGUUCUCCGAGGAGGACUCCAACUCGGCGCAACAGCUGCCGUUGGGAAUGGGCAGUGAUCAGGAGCGCUCCCGUGACUCGAUAGCCUCUAACAAAUCAGCCACGAGUCGGGCCAGGAAAACGCCAGUGCUGAAGGCGAAUCACAGCAACCUGAUGGGGGGAGAGAACUCGCCGCGUUCCAGCAACAGUUCACCGCUCAUUGGGCUGAACUCGCCACAGUCGGUGACGGCGAGCAUUGGCGGAGGAGCGGGCAGCAAGAAGGCGAAAUCGAAUCUGCUGCGCGAGAAGCUGCAGCAGGGGGUUAAGGAGCGCAAGGCGAAGGAUGCCACUGCCACGCCGAAGCCGAAGCGGGAACGGGCGAAGGGCAACGCCAAGACGAAGGCGGCCGAGGAGAAGCUGAAGCUGCGGGUGAAGCUAGACAAGGUUGACACCGAGGGGCAGUUGCUCAUCAACCAGCAACCGCAACAACAACUACAGCAACAGCAGCAGCAGCCCCUGGUUACCAACAAUCACUUGCAACAACAGCUGCCCCUGCAGACGCAACUGUUGACGUUGCCGACUCAACAGCAUCCCCAGCAGCAGCAGCAGAUGCAACAGACGACGAUGCAACAGCUACAGCCACAGCAACAACAAGUCCAACAACAACCACCUCAGUUGCAACACCAGCAGCAGCAGCCGCAAACUCUCCAACAGCAGCUGCAACACACAGUUGGUGGCAACUUUCAGCCGCAACAACAGCAGCAGCAGCCGGGUGUUCAGGGCAUCAACGAACCGCGUGUGCCUCCCCUGCAGAUCCGAUUGCGUGGCAAGAACUCCACGGUGGUGGUGAAGAACACCCGGAAAGAUCGCAAGAAGGGCCAGAACCAGGAGCCUGCUGGCGAUGAGCGCCAACUGAAGCGCAGCUACAGCGAUCAGCCGCAGCAACAGCUGCUGCUGGAGUCGUUAGCCGACAACAAGCAGGCCAAGCUUACGCCUCCGGCCCACAUCAAUGGCCUGCCCCUGCUGAUACAGAAGACCACGACACCGACGGCACUGCCCCAGCAGCUGCAGACAGGAGGGCCGGCAAACACGAAGACCAGGACCAUUGUGGCGGGCAAGAACGGCCUGACAAUCAGUGCCAUUGUGGAGGCGCACAAGGCGCAGGCACAGGCCCAAGCCCAGUCCCUCAGUGACUCCCAGAUGAUUGUGGGCUCCUCCAACACGGGCACCACGCCCACGCCCGCCACGUUGCAGCAACAGCAGCAGCAGCAGUUGAGCAAGAUUGCCACAUCCCUGCCCAGCAGCAUCACCCUGAGUGCCAUCAACAGCAACAACAACAACAACUCGAACAGUGGCAACAACAAUCGGCUGCUAACGAUGAAGAAUCCGAUCAAAACAGCGGCGACGAUUACACCCAUUGUGGGUGGGAAGCCGAUGACAAAAAACCAUAAGCCGCCGCCAUACAUCACAGCCGUGCAACAGCUGCAGCUGCAGAAGCAACAACAGCAGCAACAGCAACAGCAGCACCAGCAGCAGCAACAACAGCAGCAGCAACAGCAGCGACAACUGGCGGCGGCCGUAACCAUGUUGCCCAGUGCGACGACUCUGAAGCGUGUUGAGAUCACAAAGGUUACUGCAGAGCAGGCUCCCAUCUUGACUUCAUCUCCGUCAGCUGCAGCAGCAACAGCAGCAGCAGCAGCAGCGGCAGCGGCAGCGGCAACGGUGGCAGCUGCAACAGCAACACUGACCACAUCGUCGUCGACGACCACAACGCAAACAACUCAGCUGAUCUGUGAUAGAAAGUUGCCAGUCGCCAUCAACAAUGUGGUGGUGGCCACCGUGAAUCCCGCCUCUGUUACCGUUUCCGCCCCGAUCUCUACAUCCAUUUCCUCCUCCUCCAUCGCUUCCUCCUGCACCUCAUCCACAUCGGUUGCCUCCGUGACGUUAGCUUCAGCAUCAGUCAGCUCGUCGACAUCCACCUCUACCUCAUCCCCGGCUGCGUUGCCGAACACGCUGCGGAACUCCCCCGCGAGCAAUGGCAGUGGAACGCCAGGUCAUGGGAACAACGGCGGCGGCGAGGACAGCGGUAUAGAGUCAAUGGACGCCCUGUCCGAGAAGAGUCCGCACCAGCUCUCCUCCAGCAGUCCCAUACAGGUUACCAAGGUGGUGCAGCAGCAGCCGCAACAGCAGGUGACCUCUCUGACCGGCACCACAGUGACGCCGGUGACCACGCCAGUGACGGCGCCCAGCUCCACGACAGUUACGGUGACUGGAACCACUGGAUCGGCGGCAAUAGCGGUCAGUGCGUUGCAGCAACAGCAGAAGCAGCAGGCGGACGACGAAAUUGAGAAGGCGCUGGCCAAGAUGGAGGGGGGAUUGAACGAGGACUUCGAGGAGAUAGUCUCCUCGGUGAUGAAGGAGACGAGCGAGUGCGGCAGUGCGGGGAGUGGGACGGGGACAGGGACAGGGACCGGCGGCUUCCUCAACAAUCUGGAGAACUCCCUACCGACAACAACAGUGGCAACUGCGGCACCUGUGGCACAAACAACUACGAACACCAGCACCGUCAAGCUGAACGGCGAACACCAUAUACUCGAACAUGAUGAUCUCAUCAAGAAACUCACAGAAAGCAAGCAGUCGACUGCCAGGAUGGAGGUGCGCGUCAAAAUGGAGGAGGUUCCUCCGCUGCUGAGCAUCAAGAAGGAGCCGUCGGCCAACCUGAAGCCAGUCGUGAAAAUGGAAGUCAAAGUGGAGCAGAAGGCAGAGCCCAAGGCCGAAGUGAAGCAGGAGGAGAAGACACCGUCGGAGAAACUGCAUCCCGAAACCAAUGCCGUAUCCCUGCAGCCCAUUUCGAUCGAGAUACCUGCCCAGGCGGACGGAGAGUCGCCGAGGAUUAGGACGCGGGCCAGCAGUCGCCUCGAGAGUCCCCUGGAUGCGGCCAAGGCCAGUCCGGAAGCCACUGCUACGGCAGCAGCCACACCUGGCCUCGCCAAGAGCUUAUCCCGUGCCUCGUCCAAUGCCAGUCCGCGAACCGUUGUCACACCCAUUCCCAACCACAACAACAACAACAAGCGACGGCGACCGGAGUCCGAGUCGGAACCGGAAGCGGCCGACACCAAGCGUGCGAGGGUGAGCAGUGGAAAUGGAAGUGCCAGCAACAACACAGCACCCACCGCCAACAGUAAUAGCAACAGCAGCACUCCUGCUGAGGCAGCGGCGGAUGGGAAUACAGGAGGCGGAACUGUGCUGAGCAAGAAGAUUGAGAUUGAGUCCUCGGAUUCGGAUGAGCCUUUGAUCGAGGUGGCUGGCAAGGUGCGGAACUCCAAGCAGGCACAGGUGGAGGUGAAUGAGGCAGCAGCUGCAGCCACACCCGCGGCUGCCACUCCAGGAUCCGUGGUGGAAAAGCAUGUGACGCGGCGGAACGCCCAGCAGCAGCAACAGAACAAAACCAACAAUAACGCUGCAGGCGCCACUCCAGCGCUGGGAAAUCAGCGGACAGUCAAGGCGCAAGUGGCAACUGGAAACACCUCGACCGCCAGCAGCAACCACAGCAGCAAUGCCAACAGUCCCAGUGUUCCCAACUCUUCGGUUGCUUCUACGACUCCCGGAGGAGCUGUGGUCACCACUGCCCAAUCGAAUAGUGCCAGCAUCCCGAACGUGGUGCAUGCCACUCGAGGAGCCACCGCCGCGGCAGCCAGUACCACCAACUCGAACCACAAUGCCAGCAACACCACCUCCCCGUCGGACGAGAAAAUCGGCACCCGGCGCAGUGUGCGUGCCAGUGCGGCGGCCAAUAAGAUAAUAUACGGCCGGAGCAAUGCGGCAGCUGCUGCUGCGGCGGCCGCAGCGGCGGCAGAGCCGAAAGGAACGCCCGGCAAGGCGGGAGCUGCCGGUGGAGUAAACAGUGUCAGCGCAGGUAUUGUGGAGAGUGUGGCGGAGGCGAGGAGGAAAACGCGCAGUGCAGUCAUUGGCGAGUCCAUGCUGACCGAGGGUCGCCGGAGAAGAACGUCGCGUGACUACAAGUGACCAGAGUUUUGCGCCUUGGCUAAAGGCUUGAACAAUCCGAGCGAUGCCCACGAGGACGAUCUGCUGGAGCUGUUCGAGGACUUUGAGCAGCACCAGCAGCAGCAGCCGCAUCCGCAUCAGCAGCAACAACAGCAGCAUCAGCUGGAGAUCAGCAGCAGCAGCAUGAGCGGGAUCAGCGGCUUUUCUUUAGCUUUAGCCGAGGCGCAGGAUGACGAGGACGGUGAGGAGGGAACGAUCGGGUAUGAGGAUUUUUCGCGCGCAGCUGGUGGCUACAUGGAGGAAGCCGACCACCUGCUAUCCUAUCACAGCAGCAGUAGUGCUGCCGAUGUGGAGGUGGAUGUGGAACUGCCGGAGCUAUCCAAUGCCACGGCGCUGGACUGCGGCAACUUUGUCGACUACGAUGAGUUCAACCUGUGCCUGAACAACAUCCUCAGCGAGGAGGACGACGAAACAGGAGCCACCAGCGGCGGCAUUGCGGCCAAAGAUCAUCAAGCCUGGCGGGAGACCGACGAAGUCCUUAACAUCGUACAGCUCAACACCGAUCUGGGUCUAAGCUUUCAGGAUGAGCAGCGCUCCGGCAGCAGCAGUUCGCCGCAACUGGUGUAGGAGGGACAUAUUCAACACGCACUGAUACCGAACGCUUUCGAUUUUAGUUAAUAGUUGACGAUUUUGUACAGUUAGUGAUAGCCACAAGUUGCAAUAAUGUUGCGUCUCGAAGCGAGCAACAUCACACCCAGACACACAAUCACACCCAUUUGAAAAACGAAGAAAAUCAAGAAAUCAGGGCUGCAAGCGCCUAUACACUUUGCUUUCCAUGUUGGCCCCCUCUGUUUCCGAGCAUAUUUUUUUAUUUAGCUAAUGCUACCACUAUCCGAAAUCCACCCAUUGGAAAUGAUUUGCUAGUCAAGUGAAACAGGCAAUUAAAUGUAUAGCUCAGAUGAUAAAAUUGAACAAAUUAGUUGAGUACGUAUUCGAGAAGUUCCCAUUACCACUAAACACUAUCCACUAUCAUAAUGUAACCACUAGGCGAAGUAGUUGGCUGAAACAUCUCCCACGCAAGCUCCAAUCCACUCCACUCUCUAUCUCUCCACCUCACCCAAGCAUAGUUUAAUUUGAAGAUCUGAUUUCCAUGAACCGCUCUGUAAAUAUUUUUGAUUCUACUAGUUGCUACAUGAACACAUUUCUAGCUUUAGGUUGUCUUAGUUUAACGCGUUGCGACAAGUCGAAAGUCUACAUUAUAUUAUAUAUUAUAUAGAAGCCGAUCUAUUGGUUACAGAUGGAUCGGUUCGGAUCAGAUCAGAUCAGAGCAGACCGAGCACGAGCACGAGAACGUUUACUUUAGGUUUUUAUACAUAUAUAUCUUUUUUGGUAAUCCUUAACAUAUGAAGUACAGUACAUACAGAUAUAGCCUAUAUUAGUUUUAGUAAGCUUGCGUUGUUUCGAAAAUUUGUUUUUUAGUUUUAAAUGCUCUAGCAUUAAGGACAGUAAUCUUAACGCGAAUUCUUUAACAACAAUAUAUGCACAUGGAAACCUAUGCAAUAAGUUAGUCAAAAAUGUAAAAAAGCCAAGCACCACAAAAUGAAAUCAAUUUAAAAACAAAAAAACAUAACACAAAAAAUAAAUAAUGAGGAAAAAUGUGGAAAAAAAUACUGAGAAUCAGUCGCCUAGUACUUGUCGUUUUGCAAAGUGAAAGAUCAUAUAUAUAUAUAUAUAUUAUAUAUACAAUAUACAGAACCGUAUAUAAUGUUAUAUAUUUUGCAUACACACAA